CCGUUUCCUGGAAGAGGACAGCAUUGCCUUCUUUUCUAGCGUCUUCAAGAUGAGCACCAUCGAGCUGCGUUCGCUCAAGGGCAUCAAUGCUGUCAAGCAAGCCGUUGAUGAUGGAGACUACAACAACGUCAGUUCCUUGGAGCUGCGAUUCAGCCAUGAAUUCUUCGUCCAUUCGCGUCCAAUGACGGAUUACGAGCCCGACCUCACCAUGAUGAUGAAGAGUAUCGGAGACAACAUCGGUCAGCUCAAGACGCUGAAAAUUUCUUCAUGCGACAACAAUCAUCGACGUUGCAGCGAUUGCAUCGUACCGGUGGCGUCCUUGGCUACUUGUCUCCAGUCAGCAGAUGCCAUCGAGACGAUCGCGAUUGUCAAUGUGCGGCUGGUGGGCACGAAGAAUGCCUUUGAAAUACUAGACCAUGCUUUCCAAGGAAAUUCAAGACUUCAGCAUUUUACAUUGACGUGUGGGCACCGCAAAGACGGUGAAGAAUGGGACGCCAGUGGGGAAGAACCAUCCAUCAACCCGAUGGACAACGCCCUUGCCACGAUUGGCAAAAUUCGUUCGAUCAAACAGAUCUAUCUUGUCGGUGGCCAUGCUCUUGGAGACAUGAAGGUGUCGACAGUGGCUAGUCUCGGAAAUUCUGUGCACUUGGAGAGGUUGAGAAUUCUGUCGCUGCCACUACCAAACGAGGCUUUAGCUGCUCUCAGCCGUGCUUUGUCGACGUCCACGCGAUCGGACCGCAAAUUGAAGGAGAUAGCGCUCUGGACCAAAGAUCUCGACAAGACAGGAUGCGACGCGUUGACUGGAAUAUUCACCGUCGUUGAAAAAGUACAGCUCGUCAUUCAUGGCUGGGGGACAACCAUGGCCGAAGCAAAGGACGUCCUCAUCCCAAGAUUGACGAACGGUUUCGGUCACUCCAACUGCCCAGAUUUGCAUUUGUGCGUGCCUCGGGGAUGUCUCCAGGCGACACGUGAUAGUCUGGUGAAAAUGAUCCGAAGCAACUAUCAUAUUCGCUCCUUGCGAUUGGAAAAGUUGUCUCUCCAGUACGAACCGCAGCAAGUUCACGACGACGAAAUCAACUUUCUUGUCAAGACGAACGUACUUGGAAGAUGCAGUCUCUUCCAGCAACAGAACGAGAACGACUCGGAGAACACGACCGUCUCGUGGAUGUCCCUCUUCGAAGCCACGAACAACGACUUGAGCCACAUCUACUACCUCGUUCGAUCUAACCCCUCCACGUUCGUUGACAUGCUCAUUUUCGAUCAAUCUGAGUCAAUGGCGCCAACUACUCGCGUCUUAAAGGCCUUGCUUCGUGAGAACAAGAAGGCAAUCACAAGAGAACUCAACAAUGCUAUUCAAAGUCUGCAAAAGGAGAUCAAAGCGGGAUCACUCGAGCCCCGUGUCGCCCCUGAAUACCCUUGGUCGAAAUACACGUACGGAAACCGUUGGCCGACAUCUACAACACCAGUUUUCAGUUUCGCCGGUAAAUCGACAGAGAGUCUUGCUGGCAACUCGACUUCUACCACGGAUGCUACGAUUGGCGCCUCUGGGGCAAACAGCUCACCACCAGUUUUUCACAUCGGCACUAAAACCACUGAGACUGCCCCUCGGUCACGGCUCAAGCAAGGAGCCAUAACAACCGAUAGUUCCAAGGCCAACACCUCGACGGCGUAUUCAUCGGUUCCAUUCGGCGGAUCGUCUGCCACGAGUACCAUUACUGGCACGCAAUUUCAGUUCGCUAGCACCAAAACUCAGCCUGUACCAUUCAAAUUUGGGACAAAACCUUCUGAAAACAAAGAUUCGAUCGGAGAUAAGAGUCCUCCAACGUGGGGAAAGUCUACUGGAUCUGCGACAUUCAAGUUCACGGCUGGAUCCGACUCCUCUGCGUCUGCUACCUCUGCCAAGUGCUCUGACAUACGAGGAGCCGAUUCCAAGCUUCGUCAUCAUAAAAGCGUCCCCGAGGUGCCGUUGUCGUUGUCGCGGGCCGGGGGAAUUGCCUUUGGGACUCUCUUGGAGUCUGCAUUGUCGUGUCAGAAACAAGAACUGCACGAAAAAUUCGACCUUCAGCUCACAACCCGCAUUAAGGAGUUCCAGAUGCGUGUGAUGAUGUGGUCGAUCAUUGCUGGCUUGCUGCUGUUUGCUGUGGGCUUGUCUUGGUACAAUUUUGCUCACCAGAGUUGAAAUGGCGGUAGCGGUACCACCUAAAGAGAUGCAUUUGUGAGACAACUGGUGUGUUGAAGGCCCAACACGUGCAAUUGCACACUGAGAAAUGAAUGAUGUAGGUUGUAGAUAACAGUUUCGUAGCGAACGGAAUCGUGCAGCUCUAACGAUAGAUCCAACGCCUUGAAUGAAGCCUCUGUUGUGCCGUACGGUACGGCAUUACCGUCCGUGCCCGUUACAUGUUCGUACCGUGUACGCUGUUGUUUGAUCCAACACAAUUAACGGCGCAACGGAGCCAUUCGCCACACCAUCUUCACUACCGUAGCGGUAUCGAUGGAAUCCAGAGGAUAAAACGAGGCAUGCAGAAAUUCAAACUGGUACC